GCGGUGCGAGCCCGCGCGGCCGCAGAGGGCGAGUGGACUCAGGGUUGUUGGGAGGCGUCGAUGGCGGAAUACGGGAAGCCCCGAGCCACACGCCAGCAGGCACUCUGGGACGGUGACGUCGAGACUAGCCCAGCGUAAUUUGGGGGUCCUGGUCCUGCUCCGGGAGCCUCCAGCCUGCAGCCCCCGCCGAGGAGGGAGGAUCGGGGUCUGAGUGCAGGGACCCAGGGGGCUGGCGUGUAGCAUAGAGGACGCGGUGCUGCCGGGGGUCGGGAGGCGCUGCCGAUGCCUGUGUGACCUUGGGCGACGCCUCCGCUCCGUGCCGCACGGUCGCCCAUCUGGAGAGCACGGGGUUGGACUGAUGAUCUCUGGCUGCCCUGAGGCUCUGCCAGUCAUUUUAAGUCGGGUGCCCGGAGCCAGCUGUGGCCAGAGCCUGGCCUGCCAGGCCCUCGCUCCGUCCUGGGUGCCCUGCUGAAGGGCGAAAGGAGAAGCCAUGCCGGGCAGCGGCCCCAGCGAGAGGAUGACCUGGCCCGGCCCGGCCCUCGCCGCGGCCCCCCCAAUGCGCCCUCUCUCCUCAGCCCCGGGGACACCACCCAUCCCACCCCUCACCCGGACCCGCAGCCUCAUGGCCAUGUCCCUGCAGGGCAGUAGACGGGCCUCUGCUGGAUCCCGCAGGCGCACCUCUCCCCCCGUGAGCAUGCGGGACGCCUACGGCACCUCCUCUCUCAGCGGCAGCAGCACCUCGGGCUCCUGCAAGGGCAGCGAUGGCAGCCCCACGCCCAGGCGCUCCAUGAAGUACAUGCUGUGCAGCGACAACCAUGGCAUCAAGCCGCCCACCCCGGAGCAGUACCUGACCCCGCUGCAGCAGAAGGAGGUGUGCAUCCGGCACCUGAGGGCCAGGCUGAAGGACACGCAGGACCGGCUCCAGGACCGGGACACCGAGAUCGACGACCUGAAGACACAGCUGUCACGCAUGCAGGAGGACUGGAUCGAGGAGGAGUGCCACCGCGUGGAAGCCCAGCUGGCCCUGAAGGAGGCCCGCAAGGAGAUCAAGCAGCUCAAGCAGGUCAUCGACACCGUCAAGAACAACCUGAUUGACAAGGACAAGGGGCUGCAGAAGUACUUCAUGGACAUCAACAUCCAGAACAAGAAGCUGGAGACGCUGCUGCACAGCAUGGAGGUGGCCCAGAACGGCACGGCCAAGGAGGACGGCGCCGGGGAGUCGGCAGGCGGCUCCCCCGCCCGCUCCCUCACCCGCAGCUCCACCUACACCAAGCUGAGCGACCCGGCCGUCUGCGGGGACCAGCCCCCUGGGGACCACCCUGGCUCCUCCACGGAGGACGGGGCUGACAGUGGCUUCGUGGCCAAUGAUGACACCAUGAGCCGGACGGAUGUGCUGGAGGCCAGCAGCCUGCUGUCGUCGGGGGUGGACUGCGGCCCCGAGGAGGCCUCGCUGCACAGCUCCUUCAGCCUGGGGCCCCGCUGCCCAGCCAGCAACACCUACGAGAAGCUGCUGUGCGGCAUGGAGGCUGGCGUGCAGGCCAGCUGCAUGCAGGAGCGUGCCAUCCAGACAGACUCGCUGCAGUACCAGCCUGACCUAGACACCAUCCUGGAGAAGGUGACCAAGGCCCAGGUCUGCGGGACGGGUCCCGAGUCAGGGGGCAGGUGCCCGGAGCCGGACCCCCAACCCCCAGGGCCCAGAGACCCCAACUCAGCGGUGGUGGUGACGGUGGGUGAUGAGGUGGGUGAUGAGCUUGAGGCCCCGGAGCCCAUCACCCGCGGGCCGACCCCACACCGGCCCGGUGCCAACCCCAACCCCAGCCUGUCGGUGAGCGUGGCGUGCCCCGUGGAAGAGGAGGAGGAGGCGGCCGAGCCCAAGAGCUACUGGAGCCGCCACUACAUCGUCGAUCUGCUGGCCGUGGUGGUGCCCGCUGUCCCCACGGUGGCCUGGCUCUGCCGCUCCCAGCGGCGCCAGGGCCAGCCCAUUUACAACAUCAGCUCCCUGCUGCGGGGCUGCUGCACGGUGGCCUUGCACUCCAUCCGCAGGAUCAGCUGCCGCUCGCUGAGCCAGCCGGGCCCCAGCACUGCCGGCGGCUCCCAGCUCUGAGGCCCUUCCUGGCCAGGGGCUCGGGCGGCCUGACCACUGAUUGUCGGGGUGCCGUCCUCCCUCUCGCACAUCCCCGGGGGGCAUCAUCUUACUUAGUUCUGGGUUCGGAAGUGGUGUUUUCUGGCUGUUAACAGUGUGGGGGCUGGGGGUUGGAGCUUGGACAGGAGAGAGGGGAAGAGAGACCAAAGGCAGGGAGGCCCGCUGUAGGACCAAGUGCAGAGGAGUCCUCACCCCGGCCCCUCCGCUCGGCCCUUCACAAGGGCGGCCCCUGCUCAGGAAGUCUCUGGUGUACUGAGCUGGAGAGGCUGGACCUCAGUUGCCCACUUCAGUCUCCCCAUCCUCCACCCCCCACAUCCCGUUCAGUUCCCUGAUCACGCCACACCACCCCUGCCCUCCGCCCGGCGUCUGGACCAGUAUUAUCUCCUCAGGUGCAGGCAGCUGCGACCCAAAGUGCAGGCUCCUGACCCAGGACUCUGAGCAGAGCCUGAACUGCCGGGCCUGGCUGGAGCCCCAGCCCCUCAGACUGCUCCACACUCGGGUGAAAGGUGGAGAUGGGCAAGAGGGGCCGAGGGCAGUGUGGGUUCUGCAUCUGUCGGCCCCAGACCUUCCCUACAGUCCACUUUCCUCCUGACACGUCUGGGCGUCAGAUAAUUCUUCCUGUGAGAGCUAAGCCAGACGGCUCGGUGCUGGGGGAGGAAUGCUCCCGUCCAGAGUGCCGGCACGAGGAGAGGAGGCGGGCUGGCAGCUCGGGCCCCUCCGGCCUGAGAUGAGGCCCUGUGGUCUGGGAGGCCGGGCUGCACUCAGCAGUCCUCAGCUGGUGCGGACAGCCAAGGCCAUCAUGGCCCUGGAGCGCACCCCGACUUUCUCUGGGGCCUCGGGCCCAACUUCUGCUUUGCACUGUGCUCACUCGGGGGCUUGGUUCUCAUGUAUCCGGACCUCCUGAAAGGGGGCUGCUUACUGUCUAGGGUGAGGGUUCCCGGAUCUUAGACUCAUGUGCCUCAGGAGGAAUUACUGCAGGAUGAAUGGCAAGACGGAACUGAAGCCAUGUUGCCGUCCAAGCCAAAGCAGGUGCCCUGGGUGUUCGUGGGGUGGGGUGAGGGGGAGCCCGCAGACACCCUGCUCCCAGCCCGAGCCCAGCCUGGGAAGGCUCACUGUCCUCCUUCCAUCCCCAGGACCACAUCAGGGCCCCCAGAAACGCUGCUGACCUUUUAUUACCAUUACUAGUGCCCCGGUACACGGAUUCAUGCACAUUGAAGGGAAAUUAAUUAGAAUGUGGCUGGUGGGGCGCGACUGGGUGAGACAGGCUAGACACGCCCUGGAGCCAACCUCCCGUGGUCCCUCCCCGCUGGCCACACCUAGGGCAGCGCUGGGGCUCAAAGGCAUCUGCGGAGUGAGCGGGGCCCCUCUGGCAGGUGGGGUCCCUCAGCCUGGCCUGCGGGGAUCAGGCAACACUGGCUCUCUGACAUUCCC